AAGAAUCUUCUGAAUCCUUGAGUUGGAAAUGACUCUUAACACAAGGCAACGGGGGACAGGAUGUCGAUUGAUAUUGUGGCGAAAAGUUAGGAAGUGUUGUAUUUUUUCCCCACUCAGUUCGUAAAGAAACACUUGGAGUAACGUUGUAUCCGCCAAUAUAGGAUAUAUUGUCGACAAUAUUGCUGAAAAAAAGAGGGGAAAUCCAGAGAGCCAGAGCCUGGGAGAGGAGACACUGCCCUGGGGGAAUCUACAAAGAAAUCCCUCUGCCCAGCCACUACCGGAGAGCACCAGACAACACUUGGGCCCCUCCCCGAGAUCCCAGCAUCUGUUGAGUCGACUGUGGCCCGUCAGGGUGUCAUGGCCCCCAGGAUAUGCAGAGGUCAGCCCUCCUAGUGCUUCCCCCGGACAGCCACCUGCAGACAGACACACACGGAGGAGGCCCCGGGGUGCGGAUGAUGACCACCCAUAUGAACGGUCACCUGACCGAGUCAGACGGCGGAGGAGGCGAGUCCAACAUGGAGGAGCCACAGCAGUGGACCAGGGAGAGGGCGGUGGACUGUCCAGGGGACCUGGGCGCCCGCACCCUGCCGGUUCGCCGCUCCGCCCAGCUAGAGAGGAUCCGUCAGCACCAGGAGGACCUGAGGAGGCGCAGGGAGGAGGACGGCAGGAAUAGACAGGAGCUGGAUCUGAACGCCUCCAUACGACUCAAAAAGCUCUCUCAGAACCCCAAGGUGGGCAUCGAUAACCCCACCUUUGAUCCAAUCGAAGGCCCAGGAGGGCCCCUGGGGCUGUCGCCCAACCUCGGGGCCCCAACUCUACUGGAGUUGGAGGACCUUCUGAUGUCCUUGAAGCAGAUGCAGCACUGCCUGUCUGACGCCCAGAGCCAGGAGGAUGUGGAGCUAGUCCUACAGCUGGUUCAGAAGACUGACUUCCAGAAGGCCUUCAACAUCCACAACGCCGUGGCCCAGCACAUGAACAGGCCCAGCCCGCCCUUCCCCCACACGGACCACGCUCAGAGCCUGGCCCAAGAGGUCCAGUUCAUGGUUCAGAGCAGCCAACUCAAAGAGGGCCUGGAGCUGAACAGCCUGCUCUCUUCACCACAUGUUCAGGCCGUGCUGCUGGCCCAUGACGGUGUAGCGGAGCAGGAAAUGCAGCUGGAGCCCCUGACCCCAGACGGCCCGUCUGAGACCCUCACCCAGUGGGGAGGGGAAACCGUCAAGAUAGUUCGCAUUGAGAAGGCCAGGGACAUCCCACUGGGUGCAACCGUGCGCAACGACAUGGACAGCGUGAUCAUAAGCCGCAUCGUGAAGGGCGGGGCAGCAGAGCGCAGCGGGCUGCUCCAUGAAGGAGAUGAGAUCUUGGAGAUCAACGGGGUGGAGAUCCGGGGGAAGGAUGUCAACGAGGUCUUCGACAUCCUCGCCGACAUGCACGGCAACCUGACCUUCGUCCUCAUCCCCAGCCCCCAGACCAAACCCCCGCCCGUCAAGGAGACCGUGGUCCACGUGAAGGCUCACUUUGACUACGACCCAUCUGACGACCCGUACGUGCCGUGCAGGGAGCUGGGCCUGUCCUUCCAGAAGGGAGACAUCCUCCACAUCAUCAGCCAGGACGACCCCAACUGGUGGCAGGCCUACAGGGACGGGGACGAAGACAACCAGCCUCUGGCCGGGCUGGUCCCAGGCAAGAGCUUCCAGCAGCAGAGGGAGGCCAUGAAGCAGACUAUCGAAGAAGACAAGGAGCCAGAGAAGUCAGGGAAGCUAUGGUGUGCCAAGAAGAACAAGAAGAAGCGGAAGAAGCUCCUCUUCAACGGCAAGCAGAACGACGACUAUGACAACGAGGAGAUCCUGACCUAUGAAGAGAUGGCUCUCUACCACCAGCCAGCCAAUCGCAAGCGUCCAAUCGCCCUGAUUGGUCCACCCAACUGUGGGCAGAACGAGCUGAGACAGAGGCUGCUGUCCAGCGAGCCGGACAGAUUUGGGGGCGCUGUCCCACACACGACUCGGAACCGGCGUGACGUGGAGGUGAAUGGGAGGGACUACCACUUCGUCUCCCGCCAGGCCUUCGACAUGGACGCCGCCGCCGGGAAGUUCAUCGAGUCGGGAGAGUUCGAGAAGAACCUGUACGGGACCAGCACCGACUCGGUUCGCCAGCUCAUCAACACGGGCAAGAUCUGCCUGCUCUGUCUUCACACGCAGUCCUUAAAGACUCUGCGCAGCUCAGACCUGAAGCCUUACAUCAUUUUCAUAGCUCCGCCCUCCCAGGAACGACUGCGAGCCCUCCUGGCCAAGGAGAGCAAGAACCCAAAGCCGGAGGAGCUGCGCGACAUCAUCGAGAAGGCCCGUGAGAUGGAGCAGAACUUCGGCCACCUGUUCGACGCCGCUAUCGUGAACACGGACCAGGACAAGGCCUAUCAAGAGCUGCUGAGGCUCAUCAACAAACUGGACACGGAGCCACAAUGGGUCCCCUCUUCCUGGCUGCGCUGAGGGCCGGACCAGUGUCUCUCUCACACACACACACAUACAACCUGACACCUGCAUAUGAUGACACACACCGCUUGCCUGACUCAACACACUACUCCUUGGUUCAGUGAUGUGACAAAGACCCUGGAUUGUGGACAAUAGUUGCCCAGGGAAGACGUAUUAGCUGAACAUUAGCCUUGACAAUAUUCUCCAACCAGAAACAGUGAGAGGCUUGUGGAAGUUCCUGAAUCUAUAAUUCACUUAAAAUGCUUCACUACUUAGGAUGCUGGACAGAACUGAACUGAGCCAAGCUCGCCUGCCUGGAGGGGGGGGGAUGAUUGAAAUAUUGCUCUGAUCAUUUUUCUUCUGUCUUUUUUUCUUCUCUUUGCUGUAUUUCUCUUGACUAAAUGAACUAUUCACAUUCCAUAUGAAAAGUAUGAUAAGACUUGGCACUUGCUGGCAGAAAUGGAGUUAUUGCUCCCAUCCUGCUUAUGAUACCUAUUUAUGAUUGUAAAUAUAUUUUUAAGACGGUUUCGAUGAUGAGUAAAAUCCAUAGCUUCUGUGAUGUAACAUCCAGUCAGCAAAUGGCUCUCCUACAGAACACUACACUGGUAGUCGUUACCUCUGCUUUGCUGCUCGGUCAGAUGUCGGUCUGCUCAGUAAUGCCAAGCUGACGUCACUGGGGCAUCGUCUUGUGGUGGCAACGAGUUGCUGCUGACCUCCCUAACAGCCUCUGGGAAUGGGAUCAGGCAACGGCUGGUAUCGCUGUCAUCGUGGAUGUGAUUUGCACACCUAAACGUCUGAGAGCAAAUGGCACCCAGGAGUAGCAUUACAUUAGCGGCACAGGCAAGUUCAGUCAAGAGAGCCAAAACAGCAAACACUCUGGCAAGUUUGAUCCAAAAGUGACCCAAAACAGCAAACCUUAACCCCACCUGUGGGACAAAAAAACUAAACUGCAAUUUAUUUUAAAUGUUUCAAUUGCUGUGUGAACAGGUGUGAACUUUAUGGCAGUCAGAGGUAUAGAGGUACUGGCAUGGGUUCACUGGGUGAGGGAUAUUAUUAAGACCUAAAUGGCCAGGUGAAGGGAGUUAAUUUAAGUCUUUUAAUAGGAACUCAUCUCACCUGGUGGACACAGACAUGUACUGGUGAAGACUGGGCAGGUACUUUUAUUUUGUAUUUUUUACACCUCUGACUACUGCACAGGCUGAACUUAGAGAUGCCUUUUAGCCACUGGUUCUGAUCUGUUGGCCUUUUACACUGUUGGGCCAAUCGAACCUAUGCUGUGCUAGCUCAGAGUAGUGUGAAUAAGGUUCUGGAGGAGAAAUUAACCUUACCCCGCACCUCCACCCAAGCACUGUGGGUCGCACCUACAUAGAAAGCUGGCCUAUCCAGAAUCACUGGAUUUAAACCACCAUUGAUGAUAAUGAAGCGAGAUUGUUAGGUAUUUUUACAGUUAUGAAACUAAAACCUUCAGGGGUAACUUUGUUUUUCUUGGUCUUCGUUUUCUCUAUCUCAGUAUUCAUCAUGCAUUCUUCCUGUGCUACAUUGUAGGAAUGUGGCCAUAGAAAUGGAGUUCAGUUUCUAUGAGACUUGUAACCAGCAGUAUUUUAUUCACAGAAAAUGCUAAGGAUUAUCUGAGCACCGCUGUAUGUGGGAUUCUUUUAAUAAUCAAUAGUUUAUCAAUACAUUAUUUGAAAUUGAAGCAUUUUCUAAUCCACUGAAAUGCAUUAUAAACCAUCCAGCUAUGCUGCCAUUUUAAUCCAAUGGUUUUCACCACAUGAGAUUUUAAAUGUGUGAUUUUUCUUUUGGUCUCUGUUUUGGUUUUAGAGCUGUUAUUGAAAUGUUCAUUUUACUCUUUGAUCUGGGUCUGUGAAGUUGAACCGAUACAAGCCUGAAUGCUUUAGGAGCAGGGGAAAUGGUUGGCCUAUUAUUAUUUUUUUUUUAUGUUUGUUUUUGCAUGUGGUUUUUCUGUGAUCAUCAGUUUAAGUUUGCCCUUGAUUAGAAUGUCUGAUUGUGUGUGUGUGUGUGUGAGUGCGCAUGAGGGGCAGAACUGUCAGAACUUAAAAUUCAAGCAUUAUCUCCAGUAGACAUAAUGGAAAAUGGUCUUAACAAUGAUCCGUUUUACAUGGUUACGCAGUUCCCGUGAAUGUCGUGUUACUGAAGAUAAUGGUGCAUUUUAACAUUUGACAUGUCUGCAUUUGUAAGGUUCAAGGUAGAUUGGUCAAGUACAGAGUAUUGCAACUAAAGUAUGUUCCCCCAGCCACUCUUCUGUUCCUCAUUUCUUCUGGUUUGGAAACUAGAACCAGAACUGAGGUUUACUUAGUGUUCCACUGGUACCGUCUCCUGGACUUGCUCUGUACCAGCCUGAUACCAGAUCUGUUGGUGUUACUGGUCAAGGAUCAGGCCUGCCCUGUCUAUUGUAUUAUUAUGAUUUAAAAGGGAAAACAGAUCGAAGAUCAACACCCAAUUCUGAGGUUUGGGAAUUUAUUCAGAUCUGGUACCAGUCUAGUUCAAUCCCUUCAGUAUGUACAGUAUACACAAUGUAGAUUUGAGCUGUUAACUGGAAGUAGAACUAAUGAAUGUAAAAUUACUGUAUUAUUAAAAAUCACCUUUUCUUUCUGAA